GUAUCGUUGCAUCAUUGGGCAUUCGAGGGUUAAUGAUGGGGAGUGGACAGGACCCGGGUAUUUAACUAACUGAGGAGAUGACCUGGGACCAGAGGGGCCGCUCACUUCCUUUUCCUGCAGCUCGGCUCCUCCGGCCCUGCUCCUCUCCCCUCCCCUGGGAUGAAGCCUCCCCCUCUUUUGGCCGUCCUUUGCCUCCUGGUGGCCCUGGCUGGCGGGAACCUGGUCCAGUUUGGGGUGAUGAUCGAGAGGGUGACAGGGAAGUCGGCGCUGCAGUACACCGACUACGGCUGCUACUGCGGCAUCGGCGGCUCCCACUGGCCUGUGGACGAGACGGACUGGUGCUGCCAUGCCCACGACUGCUGCUACGGGCGUCUGGAGAAGCAGGGCUGCGAGCCCAAGCUGGAGCGGUAUCUAUUCUCUGCCAGCAGGCACGGCAUCGUCUGUGCAGGCAGAACUGCCUGCCAGCGCCAGACCUGCGAGUGCGACAAGACGGCCGCGCUCUGCUUCCGCCGGCACCUGGGCACCUAUGACCGCAAAUACGCCCACUACCCCAACAAGCUGUGCACGGGGCCCACCCCGCCCUGCUGAGGCCGUGCCCCACCGCCCCCCUGUGGCCUUCCGAGGCCCCCGCCUCCGGCUGCUGCGGCCCCAGGCCUGGGGAACACCAAGACCGUCCUUCUGAAAAAUUUCCGUCCUGCAAACCCAUCCGUCCCUGAGAACGCCCCCAGACUGCGACCUGGACGACCACGGGCCUCCCAGGCCCUGUUCCCCUUCGGGAGAGCCACGCCUGGCCCCUUCGGCCUAGAAGACUGUGUAACCCACCCCUGGAAUCUCAGUCCCCUCUCCUGAGUAAAUGAAUAAUGUUU